AAUUUUUUUGUUGCCUGCGUUGGUGUUGUUGUUGCAGCGGCGUCAUUUCAACAGCUGUUUUCUAGCCAAACAAUUUAUACUCGUGUUUAUAAAUUUAUAAACUUAAGUUUUUGAACAAAAAUUAAUAACGAAAAUGCGCGAUAUUGAAAUUUUGGAUCCCAGAAAUCUUGUGAAGAAUCGUGAAAUCCUAUAUAGACUUAUUAUAAGUCAAUUGAUGUACGAUGGCCUGGAAAAAUUUGCAAUGGAACUCUCUAUGCUCGUGAAAGCAGAUGAAUGUGCUCCGAGCGAACGCUUGUUACAUGUUAUGAUCGCUGGCAUGCAGGCUACAACGGAAAAACCUAUAGCUCCUAAGGACGACGUGCUGCCUGGCAUUGAUUUGGAGUUCGAACCUGAAGCGUCUGCGCUAGCACCUGAGCCAGCUUCUUAUGAAACUGCUUAUGUCACAUCGCACAAGCAAUCAUGUCGUGCGGGUGCAUUUAGCCACGAUGGUACAUUGGUUGCCACUGGUAGUGUAGAUGCUAGUAUAAAAAUUUUAGACGUUGACCGUAUGUUGGCUAAAUCGGCACCAGAAGAUAUUGAACCAGGACGCGAACAACAAGGUCACCCAGUUAUUCGUACACUUUAUGAUCACACAGAUGAGGUGGCCUUUUUGGAAUUUCACCCAAGAGAACACAUUUUGGCUUCUGGUUCGCGUGAUGGUACCGUAAAACUCUUCGAUAUAGCCAAACCUUCAGUGAAAAAGGCACACAAGGUAUUCACCGAUUGUGAACCGGUAAACUGCUUAUCAUUUCAUCCCACCGGCGAUUAUAUAGCUAUUGGUACAGAACAUUUCGUUCUGCGGGUUUAUGAUGUACACACUUCGCAGUGCUUUGUAAGUGCAAUACCAUCACAACAACACAAGGCAGCUGUGACAUGCGUAAAAUUUGCACCAACAGCAAAGUUGUAUGCUACAGGUAGUUUAGAUGGUGCCAUAAAAAUAUGGGAUGGAGUCAGUGGACGUUGUAUCAAUACUAUACCGGAAGCACAUGCUGGUGCUGAAAUUUGCUCACUAGAGUUUACGAGGAAUGGAAAGUAUCUACUCUCAUCCGGAAAAGACUCAUUAGUCUACUUGUGGGAGCUAUGUACAAGCCGCCCGGUACAAACUUACACCGGCGCUGGUACCACCGGCAAACAGGAACACAACACACAGGCCGUCUUUAAUCACACUGAAGAUUAUGUGCUCUUUCCCGAUGAGGCAACAACUUCUUUGUGUUCUUGGAAUUCUCGCAACGGUGGACGCUUGAAUCUGAUGUCUUUGGGUCACAAUGGUCCAGUACGUUUUAUAACACAUUCACCGAACUCGCCAGCAUUCUUAACAUGUUCAGAUGAUUUUCGAGCACGUUUUUGGUAUCGCCGUUCAACAAAUCAGUAAGGCAGCAAAUAAAAUAGUACUUUACAAUUGUAUUUGUAAAGCUUACACACAUUAAUUCAACUUAUAAAAUAGUUAAGCAUUUUGCAAAUUAAAAUAAAGCUUAGUUUUAAUGGCAAAAAGCGAAGUGUUUAAA